AUGUUCAGCAUGCUAAUAAGCCCAAGAUACAUCAGAGAUCUGUCGCCCCUGUGCGCACUUGCAAUUGUGCUCCCUGUGGCCGGUCGGUAUGUGCCUUCUCUGCGGGAGUUCUUGUCAAAAUACAUCACCAGUCGAGCUUUCUUCGGUGUUUCCAUUGACUAUCCAAUUCGUCCUGCGAGCUCUUUUACCUUCGAAUUCCACAUUCCGUUCUUUGCAUUGAGGCGAUUGCCCCCAGGAAACGACACCCGCAAGAGCCAUGUAAAUCGGCGCAAAGGGGCGUUCCAGGCUGGUUUCAGCCCGCGCACCGGCGACAAGAGGGAAUUCUUCUACGAAGCUCAAGUAUCUGUUCUUCUGGUGGGCAUUGACGAAUGGGUGUGGACUCUAUAUUGCCUCGUCGAGACCCAUUUUUGUGAAACAGAACCAGAGGAUGUCGAAUCCUAUAUUGGCAUCGACCAGGACGCCCCAUCGGGAGAAGGGGCAAAUUACUCGAGUCCUAUAUGGAACCCCCGCGAGUACUUCCUUUUUGUUCUGUCCAGGCGACUGCGGCAAGUGCGCUUUGAAUGGGCGAACAUCGUCCAGACACUUGAAACACGCUUUAAAAGACUUGAAAAAGAUAUAUUUGUCGAACCUUCAAAGGUCUCGGGAGAUCGGACAGGUGACGAUGGCAAUGACGAUGGCCACGAUGGUCUCACCCGGACAAAUGGAUAUACGUGGGCAAUCGAAGUUCUUCAGCUUUUCAACAACUCACUCAUCAAUACGAUAGAGGCAUGGAAUGACUUUGCCGACAAACAUCUGCACAUUUUUUAUCCUGAGGAGACUCCGGCAAACUUUUCACCCAAAAUGCAAAGUUACCUCGAGUCUCUAGACACUGAUAUCUUGGAGUUGCGCUUCAUUCACAGAACAUUUGCCCGGCAAAUAGGGGCCUUCGAGAGCAAGAGGUCCAAUAUUCUCAACACUUCAGCACUUGUGGAAGCUCGGGAAUCGAAUUCUCAAGCGGACAACAUUGGUCUUUUGACGAAAGUGACAGUAUUCUAUCUUCCCCUAGGGCUGAUAACUGCUGUCUUUAGCAUGUCUUUCCUUCCAUCGAACGUAGAUUGGAGGUUAUAUGUAGCGGUACUGGUUGGAUUUACAUUCAUAAGUGUCACCGUUUCCUCCAAUCUGAAACGCAUUGGGCUAUUUAGCAUGCUGGAUCGCCUACGUGCAAUUCCGAGGCCUGUCAUCAGGAGGCGGCCCAAGAUCAUAUCAUCACCUGUUUAG